CCUUGUCUUCGUCAACUUAUCGCAACACUCUUAUUUUGUGAUGGCGGGCAACAACAGCAUCAUGCGCCUUGACGAAAAGCUGCGCCACCAGCACCUCAGCAACCUCAAAGCUGCGAGUGAAAGCCGCUUGAAGCUAAGAAAACACCACGCCUUGGUACACUUGAUCCAGGAAGUAGCCCCGGAGCUCCAGAGACGCGUGGAAGAGGUCUGGGAGAGGUUGGAGGCGGAGGAGGCUACAGCUCUCCACGACGAACUCGAGAACAUUCAGAAUUGCGUCAGUUUCUUGGAGCCGAAACUUGGUCGGCCGGGCGCGGAGCCUACAAUUCACGAUGAUGAUAUCAGUACCGCGCUAUACACGUCGCUUGCGCCACUGAUCGAGCAACGUUCAUCGUCUUCGCAAGACAAGUACGAGGCUACACCUCCGGAGAAGGGAAGUCCAUCUUCGUCAACUAUGGUUAUGGAUGAUAGUGAUUCGACGGGCGAUAUCGACGAGGAGAUUGAGGCAAAGCCUACAAAGCAAUCACGCCACGAUACAUCCUUUCCCUCUACAUCUUCACCUGCAGUGGUAUUGGAAGAGAUGUUACGAUCCAGUGGCUCCAGUCAUAGCUUGCGUCGCCUCAGUAGACCCAUAGGAGGGUACAAUGUCAAGCAGGCUUAUGAAAAUAUGUUUUCAGGGCGCUAG